GUGCGCCGGAAGUGGGUACGACCGGCCCGCAGCUUUCUGGGACUUGUAGUUGGGGGGCCCUUAGGCGCGGGCGCGGGUCAGUCUCGGGAAUACUGCGCUUGCAGGUGUAGGAUUCCACGUGGGAGUCUUGCUGGACUGGCUGGUCUGUAUCCUGCAAGGUGGACUUGAUUUUCAUGGCUGUUUCUCUUUCCCUGACGCCACUUUUCCAGGACGGUGACCUUCCAGAGAGGAGGAAAUGACCUAGUGCCAGGUUGUGGUCAUUUGCUGUCACAAGCCAUCUGCAGUGACUAAAUCUCCUGCAGUUAUCAUUUCACAAGUCUACCUGGAAAUCUGAAGAAUGAAACUCCCAAGCUGAAAUGUGGAGAGAUUUGAAUGAAAAGUCUAUGGAGAAUCUUCAAGAAAAAAGACUUAGGGAUCUAUUACGUAGGGGCUUUUCUGCUGGCUAAUUUUAGAAGAUAUGGCCAGCACAAUUACAGAGUCAGGACUGUAUUGUGAAUCUUCCAGGAGAAGGGUACAGGAAUCCUGAACUAGAUUUUUCCCUUUGUCAGAAGUAGGGAAAAGCAUCUUCUGUAUUUCUAGAAACAAGAGCAGUAUGGUGACUCUUCAAAGUGAUGAUUAUAAAAACAUGGCAAGUGAAGAAUAUUUGUCUUUGAAAGUCCCAAGCCAAGUGGCCACAAAGGGCUCCUCAGUGACUUUCUGCAAAAAUGAGCCCCAGGAUCCUCAGAAAAGUAAAAGUCUGUUUAUAACUGAAGAAGGCACUGAGAGAAAAGUCUUGGGAGGAGAAAGUCCUCCCAUGGACCAUUGUUCAGAGAACCUUCAAAUUAAACUUUUGUCUGAUGUAACAGAACUGGUCUCACCAUUGGUCAGUGGUGAGGCAACUUGCCAGAAUGGCCAGUUGAGAGAAUCUUUGGAUCACUUUGACUGUAACUGCAAAGACAUUUGUGGUUGGAAAUCACAAGUGGUCGGUCGUAGUCAUCGGAGAGCUCAUACAGGGGAGAAACCCUGUAACCAUUACAACUGCAGGAAAAGACAUAACAACAGCUCAGGCAGUAAUCCGUGUGAGAAAAUCCACACUGCAGAGAAGCUACACAGAUGUAGUCAGUGUGGUAAGGACUUCAGCGAGCGCUCAGAACUACUACUUCAUCAAAGGCGCCACGCAGAAGAAAAGCCCUACAAAUGUGAGCAGUGUGGGAAGGGCUUCACGAGGAGCUCCAGUCUCCUCAUCCAUCGAGCAGUCCACACGGAUGAGAAACCCUAUAAGUGUGACAAGUGCGGAAAAGGCUUCACAAGGAGUUCAAGUCUGCUCAUUCAUCACGCAGUCCAUACAGGCGAGAAGCCUUAUAAAUGUGACAAGUGCGGGAAGGGCUUUAGUCAGAGCUCCAAACUGCACAUUCAUCAACGGGUGCACACUGGCGAGAAGCCCUAUGAGUGUGGGGAGUGUGGUAUGAGCUUCAGUCAGCGCUCCAACCUGCACAUCCACCAGCGAGUCCACACUGGGGAGAGGCCCUACAAAUGUGGGGAAUGUGGGAAGGGCUUCAGUCAGAGUUCGAACCUUCACAUUCACCGGUGCAUACACACAGGUGAGAAGCCCUUCCAGUGCUACGAAUGUGGGAAGGGCUUUAGCCAGAGCUCUGAUCUCCGCAUCCAUCUCAGAGUCCACACUGGAGAGAAGCCCUAUCACUGUGGCAAGUGUGGGAAGGGAUUUAGCCAGAGCUCAAAACUCCUCAUCCACCAGAGAGUGCAUACUGGAGAGAAGCCCUAUGAGUGCAGCAAGUGUGGGAAGGGCUUCAGCCAGAGCUCCAACCUCCACAUCCACCAGCGGGUUCAUAGGAAAGAUCCUAUUAAAUAAGGUCUACUGUAAAGACUUAAACAUUUUUAAUAUCGCUCUUCCCUUUAUAUUCUCAGGAGAGAGAUCAUAGGUUAUUCAGAUAUGUUCCCUCACUGAAAUUUAUUCAUUCAUUUAAAGUAUUUAAGUACCAAGCACUUUGUCAUGCUAUACAGAGAACCAGUUGUUCUGGUUCCUCGGACGGACGGGUAGAGUGAAAUACCUGUACUUUGCAGUUCAGCCAGUGUUAUUAGAACUGUAUAUCCUACCCCGCAUUUUUAAGUGCAAAAAACCUUUAUAUUUGUGCAAGCAGAACAUGUUUCCCUUUGUUCACAUUCUGAGAAAUUGAAACUCUGGUUUCUCUUCAAA